CACUUCCUCUCUCUUCCCACCCUUAGGGACUGCUGGGCGAAUAUUUGAUCAAGAACUCAACAAAUGCUGAGAGCAAAGUCUUCUAUUUAAAGAUGAAGGGUGACUACUACAGAUAUCUUGCAGAGGUUGCCUCAGGAGAUGACAGGAAGGAGACGAUAACCAACUCUCAAGGUGCCUACCAGGAUGCUUUUGACAUCAGUAAGAAGGAAAUGCAGCCCACACACCCCAUCCGUCUCGGACUGGCUCUCAACUUCUCUGUCUUCUACUAUGAGAUCCUCAACUCUCCUGAGCAGGCCUGCGCUCUGGCCAAACAAGCCUUUGAUGAAGCCAUUGCAGAGCUGGAUACACUGAAUGAAGACUCGUACAAAGACAGCACACUUAUCAUGCAGCUGCUUAGAGACAACCUCACGUUAUGGACCUCUGACAAUGCUGCAGAUGAGGGUGAAGGAGGUGAAGGAGGAGACGGAGGAGAGAACUAAACACCCACAUCAGUCCACAAAUGAAAGAAAAAUAAUCCUGGAAAAAGUCAACUUUUUACACUUCUUCAUUCCUUAUUGUUUCACUUAUGAUUAUUCUAGCCAUGUAAGCCCAUGAUCAUUACCAAUGAGCUGUGAGUGUGGGAAUUCCAAUCAGUCUGUUUUUUUUUUUUUUUGCUCAGUUUUCCACCACCUGGCUUGUGGUGGUAAUGAAAGUAAAUAUUAAGUUAAAGUAACAUUUACACUCCUCAGUUUCAUGUUUUUGUCCUUUGGACUUCUAUAUGUGCAGUGUCUGCUGUAGAAAAGUAUUAGCCUCACAUAAAAUCAAUUGUCCUUUAAUUGUGACAAAGCGACUAGUGUGUAUAUUCUGGUGAACUGAAACAUUGGAAGUGUCGGUCACAAAAUGCAAAGUGUUUUGCCUCAAGCAUGGCUAUUUCCUGUCCUGCUAUCACCUCCAUUUUAUGUCUCUCUAGGGAGAUCAACGUACACUUGAAUGAGAUAAAUGUCUUGUUGACCAUCAUAGUGUUGGCUUAAAAUGGGCCUGUGCUUUAGUAUUGAUAGCAGGAAGGCUGUUGUAUGAUGUACCAAGUCAGCUAGCUUUGCUCAGCCAAGUAUGCACUUUUCAUGGACCAUUUGAAUCAUGUCUUCAUCAUGAAGGUCACGAAACACUCCUGCCUGGUUAUGGUUUUCACUAUAAUGUGUUACCUUGCGAUGGCUUGUGAUGACUAUAAAGAAAAAAAAAGAUGAAAAAAUAUCAUGCAUGCCCAUUUUUCAAUAUACACUGGAAUGGGAACCAAUACUGCAUACUUGUUCCACAGUUUGGUUAAGUACUUUUCAUUGCAGGUUUAUGCACAUGCUGAGAGGAUGUUUGAUUUGUCAAGUGAUGUCAAUAGUUAUUUGGACCACUUGUGUUUUUGCUAAUCAUUGACUGUAGUCUCCCCAAAGCCUUGUGAAAAUGUACAAGCCCUACAUAACAGCUAUGUAACCUGAAUUAAAAUGACCAUUUUAUAAACCAUA